CUGCAAACCCAAUAGUGUGGACAGGAGCAGGCACCAGGAAUAUUGCACGAGAGACCUCUAGGUUUACUGGAUGGUUUACUGCAAGUUAUUUUUAGGUUCUUUACUGAUCUUCCGCAGUCGUGAUUACUUGUGACUGAUCAUUUUUCAUCCUUAAACCUUUUUUACCGGAGUAUUAAUUGACAACGCACACUUGACGGGAGCACUGAAGGGUAGAGCUGGCUCCGAUUGUAACAAAAGUCUUUCCGUCUGUUUCACGGACGUUACCCUUCUCGCUAUUGUCUAGAGUUGGUGUCUUGACGUGAUUUUUCACUGGAAGAGCCAUGAGUUCGUCUAUGAAGACAAUGGUGCUAGGCCAGCGGGUGGGCGACCACAGCAGUUUUGACCUCAUCCAAAAUCGGAUUGAUUCAUUGAGUGGCAAGAUGGACAAGCUUAUCAACCUUCAAGAGAAGGUCCUUUUUCGUUUGGAUGCCAAGUCCAGUGGUAUUGAAAAGGAUGAAAAGGAGAACGGUCAGUCGCAGGGACAAGACGUCAAGGAGAUAUACCAGGAAAUGAGCACCAUCAUGUCGGCGGUCCACCAGCGCUCAGAGAUUCACGCUCAGAAGUUGGAGGGAAUGGAGAAACUGGUCCUCAGCAUGCAGCAGGUGAUCAGCUUCAUCGGGGAGACGGUCAAGAGCUCCAGAGUUAUGGAGCUCAUGUUCAAAGGUCCUACCGCGAGCAAGGGUAACAAAGGAAAGCAAGUCCCAAAGAGGAAAUCAUCAGACACAAUUAAAAAGCCGGAGAAGAAAACUACCUCUAACAAAGCCCAAAAGGGGAAUGCAGAGAUAGCCGCUGUUUGCGAGCCAGCUACGCUACCGUCAUCUCACAGGACAAAGUUCCACGGACCAAAGCAUUUCCUCGCCGCUCGCAAAUGUGGAAGCCUCUUCCAGGACCACAGUAAAGAUGGUGCAGAGAAGACCUGUUUGACGCCCACAGCCCAAAAGACGAUGAAGCCCCCAGACACACCAGCUAUCUCAUUGAAGAAGCAGGAGCUGCUUCGAGAAGAGGUGCAGAAACUCAACAGGGAGAAUGCAGAGAAGUCAGCUCAGCAGCUUAGCGCCGUGUUUUUGAAUCCGGAAGCCGACGUUCCCGACCCCGACUCUGACAGCGGCCUGCGGGAAGAUUCCCGAAGCUCCCAAGAGGAGGGGCUUGGCGCUGAAGGCGAUGAGGAAAAGGUGGCUGACGAAGAUGUGGACGUUACCGAGGAGGUGCUUCAUGUGCGGGAAGUAGUUGAGGAGGAGGUCGAAGAGGAAUAUGAGGAGGAGGAAGAAGAGGUGGAGAUAGAGGUGGAAGAAGAAUCCUCCGAGUCGGACAAUCAAAACGAACAAACAGAUGCAAGUGACGACUGUGAGGCCACUUGCCCACCUUCCAAAACCGAGACGGACCCUACGACGGAGCUCUGCGUCGCCACCGGCUCCUUUGAGACCGAAGAAGUUGUGGGGGUGGAAGAAUACACCAACGUCCUGGAGGUUGAGGAGGAAGAGCACCAGGAGCAGGAGGAGAAUAAGGAGCAGAAUAAGGAGGACGAGCCGGAGCAGGAGCAGGAGCAGGAGCAGGAGGAGGAGGAGGAGGAGGAGGAGGACUGGGCCGUCUUCCGGGCGGAUGGGGUUGAGUUCCAGUUUGACCUGAGAGAGAGGUUGGCGCAAGAGAGGAAGAAAAUCAAAGCCGAGACUAAGGAACAACAAGAACCCGGGGAUGUAAAACAAUACUUGAUCGACACGACUCCACCGCCGGCAGCGCCGUUCGAUCACCGCGUCGUGUCUGCCAAGCCCAACCAGAUCAGCAACUUCUACACCAUCAACUGGCAGGAGGUCCUAGGCGGGGGUCGUUUUGGCCAAGUGCACAAAUGUGUUGAAAACUCAUCUGGUCUGACGUUGGCGGCCAAGGUCAUCAAGGCCAGGUCCCAGAAAGAAAAGGAGGCGGUGAAGAACGAGAUCCAGGUCAUGAACAAUCUGGACCACGCCAACCUGAUCCAACUGUACGCCGCUUACGAGUCCAGGAAUGACAUCAUCCUCGUGCUUGAAUAUGUCGGAGGGGGCGAGCUGUUUGACAGGAUCAUCGACGAAAACUACACGUUAAUGGAGCUGGACGCCGUGGUGUUCAUCAGGCAGAUCUGUGAGGGCCUGCAGCACAUGCACAAAAUGUACAUCCUCCAUUUGGACUUAAAGCCGGAAAACAUCCUUUGCGUAAGCAGAGUCACUAAUAAAAUCAAGAUCAUCGACUUUGGCCUGGCUAGAAUAUACAAACCCAGGGAGAAGCUACGCGUCAAUUUCGGUACUCCGGAGUUUCUGGCCCCUGAAGUGAUCAACUACGACUUUGUGUCAUUUAAUACAGACAUGUGGAGCCUUGGCGUCAUCACCUACAUGCUUCUGAGCGGCCUCUGUCCUUUCCUGGGCGACGACGACAACGAGACGCUCAACAACAUCUUGGCCUGCCAGUGGAACUUCGAAGAGCAAGAGUUUGUGGACACGUCUGAAGAGGCCAAAGACUUCAUCACCAGACUCCUGGUUGUCAAUAAAAGUUGGAGGAUGGGAGCGUCCGAGGCACUGAGACAUGCUUGGCUGUCUGACGCUAGUCUUCAUCACAAACUUAAUACCAAGGGCGCCAGUGUGGCACGAUGGCUCGCAGCUGUGGUGUGGCCACUCCGGACCAAGCCUCCUGACCCCCCCUGGCACGAGCGUCAUGUCACCACCGUCGAAAUCAGUGAAAGUGUGGCUCGUAGCGCCGUGUGCUAUCUAUCUUUUGUCUGUUUGACAUGCAAAAGGUUAAAACCAUUUGGUUUAGUUGGGAUUCAUAAGAUAAACACACUUUUGACUGUAAUCUACCCAAACAUCCCUGAUUAAAAUCAUUAUCUAGCUGGAUUGAACAUGCGUUAACGUGUAUGUGAGCCUCACUUGGUGUGUCAGCAUUGCUUUGAAUGUAGACUGCACAUCGUUCUGCUGGUGUUCAACCUCACUUAAGGCGUAAGCACGUGUUCCGUGUUCCGUGUUCCUCCAUGACAGCUGCAACAUGAUUCAGCUCAUGUCUUUUGUAACAUUGUCCCCGACAGCAUAUACUGUAGGUACCUUUUUUUUUUUUUUUUUUGACAAAUAAGAACUAUAUCAGUUCCAUGUGGUGUUAUGUUGUUGGUGUUUGCGCACUUUAUAAUGGUAUUUAUAUAUGAAUAAUAAUAAUUUAGUUGAGAAGCUUCUGUAGGUUUCACUGGUCUGUUUCUACUUUACAAGAAAAAUAUGUCUUAUCAGCUUUCAUUCUGUGUCAGUGCAUUUUGUUCAAUGUGUUUUUUUAAAUCUACUAAAAAACGGUACUGUAUGCCUGCACUGUCAAGCCACCUUGGUUCCACUUUGCCGUUAGAAGCUUAUUUUUCGCCGGCGCCACGUGAUGGAGUCGCCUUCUGUGAAGGUUCACUGUAUAACUGAAAGAACACACUACCUACCUACUGUUGCCUAAUAAGUGACUUUAAAUGUCAUAAUGUAUGUUUGGAUUGUUGAAUAGGUUACUCUCACGCGAUUUGGCAUGUUUUUUUUUUCUUGUUUUUGUUGAGUGCAUACACCCAUUAAACUGAUACAUUGUCUUCAA